CCACACCACUACCAUCACCUCCACUACAUACCCGUCUACUACACACUACUGCGACGAACUCCUCACGACCGCGGGGCUACUGCUACUGCGGCGCUGACGACGAAGACUGUGCGGCGCGCGCGAGAGCCUGCUCCCGCACAUUAUUAUUCAGCGCGCGCUUGCGUGUGCCACCUCGUCGCGCGACGGCAGGCAUCGGCUUCGUUUAAAUCUCCCACGACAGCAUUCCUUGCCUGCACCACUACCGACCGUCCGGCCCGCGCGUCUGUCUGGCUUUGUGCGACUUUUGAACAUUUAAUAUCACUGCACGCCUACGUGCAUUAUUGUCGCUGCUGCUGCUGCUGCUGCUGCUGCUGCAAGGCCUGCCUGCACUUGCCUGCCCGUGUUUAUCUGGAGCCCACUUGCGCGUGCAUCUCCAGCGCGUCGCGUCGCAUCGCAUCGCAUCGCAUCCGACGCAUCGCAGCCAGCCAGCCAGCCCGCCCGCCCGCCCGCAACGCAACGCAACGCACAGGACUCGUGUAGCGACCUUCGUCGCCGUUGCAGUCUUCCAGCAUGGCGCAACAGAUGUACGGAUCUCCCAAUGGACAGCAACAAUGGGCCCCGAACAGUGCUGCUCCGCCCACCUCACAACCCAAUCAACCUCCACCUCAGCAAUGGUCGCCACAACCACCGCAAAAUGGACAGUAUCAGCCCCGGCCGACGAAUCAGCUGCCGGGCAUCACUGCCGCACCCCAAGGUCCUCCCGCCAUGGCGACGCUGCAGCCCAAUCAUCCCGAUCAGUAUCGCGCGCUGCCACCACCGCAGACCAUGUAUCCUCCGCCGUAUCAGCAGGGCCAGCAAAUGGGUUAUCCUCCUGCUCAGCCCGCACCUCGUCAACGCACAGCGAUAGCGUGUCGAUAUUGCCGUCGUCGCAAGAUCCGCUGCUCGGGUUUCGAACAGUCUGAAGAUGGCCGAUGCACCAACUGUGUUCGCUUCUCCCAAGAAUGUGUCUUUACUCCCGUUAGCGCGCAGACUCAAGCGUUCGUGCCGGCACAUACGGUGUGGCGUGGCCAGAACCCGCCUCCCAAUACGCAACUGUAUGGAGCGUACGGUCAGCCAUUACCAGCCAACAGCCGCGAUCAGCAGUACCCACCUCAGCAAGGCCAACCGCAACAGCCUGGUCAGUAUCCUCCACCUCCGCAGGGUUACCAGCAACAACCGCUCUAUCCACAGCAGGGUCAGAGUGCCAACGCUGGAACCAAGCGUCCUAAUGAUGAGCCUCACACGCCCACUUUGCCGCCGCCUCACCCUGGCGAGCAAGCUCAAUUGCCCCAGCAAGGGCAAUACGGCUACUCUGGUGUCAGCCCUGGUGUGAAAGAUGACGCGUCGAGCGUAGCUGCGGCGAACGAGAGGAAAGAAGAAGCGCUCAGAAAUGGCUUCGUGAAGGAUGUUGGAGUCCAGGUGGAGAUUAUCACAGCCCACGGCAAAGAGCAGGUCUCUUGAUGUCUGGUCGUGGCAAUAAUGAAGUGUACUGCGAUACCCCUUCGGCGGCGGCGCGGCAUUUGGUGUGAUGAUACAUGGGAACCGGGAAGGCGUUGCUUUGCUGUGUCUGGGAGGUCUAUUGCUGUUCAGCAACAACGUUCGAGCGACAGCAUGGACUGGAUUGUUGGUUGUACUUUUCAGCUUUAAUAUUCCGUGAGAGAAGGGCGAUUCUGGCAACGGAAACGAUGUGAGAGUAGAUAGGUCGGAUGUGCGGACGAUGCUGUACGAUUUGCCGAAACGACUUCUUCGGUUCACCACAUU